AUGUCAAAAGUGAUUUAUCAUGAACCAGAUAAGCCCAAAGACAGAACGUUCACUCCCCAGGAUUGUAGACAGUGUAUGUCAUGUGGGAAGUGCUGGCCUUGGGUCACUUUUGAUGUGGAGAUUGUGCAUCAUACCUCAAACGUGUGUACGAGAUGUGCUGCCCCGGAGAUAGAAGCCAAGAAGUGGACGGAAUUAGGUCAGCAGAUGCAAAAAGACCUUCUCAGAGCCAGGCAAAAAUUAUCGGACCACCGAACAGCUGUUGCAACUCCUCAACAUCGCCAAUCAGCCAUUGUCCAACCUCAACGCCAACCUCAGACCCAGCCAGAGACUCGCCGAGCUGUCUCUGGAGAGGUCAAAAAAAAAUUCCUUUCGGAUGAGCAGUUGGCAGCGAUCAGGACGAACUUGCCCGUGUUGAGAAGCAUCAAAGAACCUCAGAGAGCUAUUUUGUGGAUCGAAUUGACCUUCCGACCUCAAUCUGUUACUCCCCCUCAAGCACCGUCCUCCAUCUCCCAGUUGACCAUCUAUCAAGCGUACAAGGCAUUCUUCGAUACAUUAUCGUCUCAUCCCGAUUCUCACAUCUGUCCCACCGACACACCAUUGAUGGACGGAUCACAGUUGAUCAAAUUAAUUAUAAAGAUAUAUCAGGAGGUAGGCGUGAGGAUGAUUGGAAAACCUCAAUAUUCCAUCGAAGGGUUAGAAUGGAGACCUCUAGAUCUAAGUAGGACAAAUCAAGCCCAACCGCAAAUACAGUCAGGAAUGGGUUAUAAUGCCGAGGUGUCGCAGGUACCAGUUAUGCAACAUCAACAUCAUCAGCAACAUCAGCAACAUCAGUAUCAACAUAAUGGUUCACUAUAUCAACUACCACCACCUCGACCUCAAAUGCGACAUAACAAUGUUCCAAGUCCGACUGAAUUCUUCACCCAAUCACUACCCCAUCUGAUCCACCAACAUCAGCCCCAAUAUCCUCCAGUCUUACCUCAGACCAUAAAUCCACCCCAAACCCAGCCAUAUCCCGUGAGUCAUCCAACUCAUGAUCGACCUCAAGCUCAUCCUCAACUGAAUCCUCCGACCAUCCCUAGCGCUAAUACCGUCAAAUCAAGAUUAACCCCGAAAAUUCAAGACAAUAAUGCUGUGAAUCCGGACAAGAACAGUAAGGUUGAUAGUAAGCACGUUAUGAUGGAGGUGGAUGAAGAUGACUGGACCGUAUUCUCGUUCAAACCCCUUGUGGGGAGAUCGAAGAAAGAUAAUAUCUCGCAGAGUUUAUCGAAAGAUCAAAAGAUCAAUGCGGAAUUAUCAGUGCAACCUCGUCACUCCCAUACAAAAUCAUCUCAAUCUCCAAAAGAUACAAAGACCAAAAAUGAUCAGGAAGAAGAGAUUGAUGAACUUGACGAUGAUAAUGAUGAUGAUAAUGAUGAUGAUAAUGAUGAUGAUAUCAAUAUGAAUGUGAAACUGGAAAAUGGACGUGAUCGAGCAGGAUCAGAAGACGAAGUCGGAGAUAUGUUAAUUUGA